AUAAAUAACAGCUCAGAAAGAGAAUAAAUAGUCCUACGCUUCACAAUAUCAGCUGCACUGACAGUGAAUUACGGAAAAGAUGGCCUUAUUCUCUGUGUUAAUUAUUUUAGCUUGUGUGCAUGUCCACAGUGUGAGGAGUGCUAUUGGUUCCUCAGAGAUAAACUGUGUAAAUGGAGGUAGUUUCACUCUGGGAACUGUCGACGAGGGAUAUGAAGGAGAUGUAGAGAUUAUCACUAAUAUCGGGCCUAAUGAUCGUCCGGUUCUGCAGCCAACUUCGACUGUCAAUGUUCUGACAAUAUUAGAGCUGGUUUACACUGAAGGAGACUCAACCGCUAUCGUACGGACCAUCAAACCACUGGAUGCUGAAGAAAUUAGGCUGUAUUCAGAUGCUUUGUAUUAUUUUAUCACCUGCGCAAGAGGGCCAAAAAACCACCGGACACUAUACGUUCGGGAUGUCAAUGAACACCCUCCGAUCUUCCAGAGCAAAACAUACAGUGCCAUGCUGUCAGAGACGACGGCUCUGGGUUCAUUUGUGCUCACGGUGAGGGCAACUGAUGCAGAUGCGACUGAUAACAACAAAAGAAUUUGGUAUUCUAUACUGCCUCCAGUACCAGAUGCCUUUGAAUUGGAUACAAUUCGUGGUUACAUCAGGUUGAUUAAACGUCCGAACUACAACAAUGUUCAACAGUACAUCUUCACCGUGGAAGCUAAAGAUAUAGGAGAACUCAGAGACACAACAACAGUUACAAUAACGGUUAAAGAUUUUGACAACCUAAACCCUUAUUUUGAUCACAGUCUCUACAAGGCAUCCAUUGUGGAAAAUCAGGUAGGACACUUCUCAGACAUCACUCCUGAGGCCAUAAAAGCUCAAGAUGGCGACACUGGAAUCAAUGAGCCUGUAGUUUACAGCAUAACAGCAGUCCUUCCAAAUAAAUAUCAGAACAACUUUGAAAUUGACCGAAACAGUGGGGUCAUCUCUGUGACGACGGCACUAGACAGAGAGGAAAUAGACCAGAUUACUGUUUACCUACAGGCAACUCAGCAGGAUGAUGCCAGCAAGACGGCUAAUACUGUGGUACUCGUCACUAUUGAGGAUGUGAAUGACAACCCGCCGAAAUUUGAGUACACAACAUCUAUUCUGGAAAAUGCACUACAGGGCCAGUUUGUGCUUCAGACUAGAGUCACCGAACUAGACCUGGGUGGGUUCUCUAAAGGUCACUUUAUCAUGGAUAGCGAUACCUUCGUUAUCAACAGUCAAGGAGUAAUAUCACUCAGGAGCAAUGCCACCUUGGAUAGAGAAACUAUAGACAAUUACAACAUAGAAGUAGUAGCUGUAGACCAGCCUGUCGAUGGUUUGAGCACCACAGCUCAGGUCAGCAUCACUGUUCUGGACGUCAACGACAACAACCCACAAUUCCUUCCUCUCCCAGAGCGCAUUGAGAUUCAGGAAGGUGUUUACACACCCUCGUCACCUGGAGAGGUGUGCGUGAUCUCAGCCACAGACUCUGACAUUGGAGAAAAUGGACGUGUCACCAUCACUACAUACUCACACAGUGAUUUAUUUAGCUUCAGAGAGGAUGGGACUCUACUAGUUAUUGGAGAGCUGGAUCGGGAGACACAGGAUGUGUAUGAUGUAGUCAUUGCUGCUAUGGAUCAUGCAGUCCCACCAAGAAUUAAUAUCACUACAGUGAGGGUCAGCGUCACCGCUGUCAAUGACAACGCUCUAGUCAAAACUGGCUCUCUCAAUGAGAUUGUGGAUAUUGAGAGCUCCUCCAGUAAAGAUUAAGUUAGAGAAAGUGAUAACGAUGUGGCCACCCCAAGAAAGCCUAUGCUCAACUGAAGAAGAUAAUACCACAGAAAUGAUUCCACUUCCCAGCAUGGGCUGUUUGGAGGAUUCAUUUGUGUAAUAUAUUUCCAAGUCUUGAACAAAACAAGACAUUGAUUUUUUUUUUUUUUUUUUAACCAGUUCUUUUGAAUAAACGGGUCAAAAUCUGUAUAAUUUUCCUUUGGUGUCCUCAUCAGAAUCACUCCAUCAUCAUGAACAUAAUGCAAAAUAAUGAAAUUCGGUGGUCUUAUGAUAAAUGACCAAACAUUUACACACAUUGUACAAUGACAAAUCUCCUGAAUUUUUCCCCCCCUCAUUUUAUACCAUAUUAUUUGAUUGGAUGUAUGUGAUUUUGGAAUGUCCCACAUACUGCUCAGUUAACUUCAGUGAUUGUAAAAAGUGUUUAAAUGACACAAAAUUAAAACAUUUUUAAAAAUAUUCUUAUUGUUCUCAGGUUGUUUGAUAAAAAGUCAUUUUUUUCAUCAUAUAAUGGCAUAAUUCAGUGGUCUCAUUCAGCAUUAUUAACUGCUCACAUAAACAAUGUUUUAUUAAUUUUUCUUUACAGUAAAUCUGUGAUGUUACAGCUUGAGACCAGCAGUGCUUUAUAAUCUGUAGUAUUUUUUUAAAAAAACACACACAUAUCAGCAUAUGAAUCUCAACAAUGGUGACAGUCAAACAAAAUGCUUCAUGUUGCAGUGCAUGAUGGGAGCCACCAAACAAAACGCAUCCAUGGCUCCCAUCAUGCAUUGCAAAAUAAAUAAAUUAUGCAGCUGAAUUGUCCUUUUAUUUUCAUUGAUUGUUCCUGUUUGCUUUUAUUUUGCUGUUGUUUUGUUGACUUUAGUAGCUUGUUUUGUGAUGUUGAGAAUUGAUCUGUCACCAAUAUUAAAGUUAUACUUCAAGCAUACAGUCAGAGAUUUAGACUUUGAAUGACAUCAAUGAAUCAAGUCAUUAUCAGAACAUAAGCUUUAUGACCAGGUCGUGUUUUCUCUUGCCCCAAAAAAAUUAC